GGCUUGGCCUGUCGCCUAUUGGACAGCACGGGAAAAGCCCGGCCGGCGGGCCAAUCAUAUGGCAGCGCGUGAGGCUGUAGAAACCGGGGAACCGGGUGCUGGGCUCUGUAGCUCGGGACUCCAGUCUCUCAGUCAUGGCCUCAGAAAAGCCUCAGGACCUAAUGGUCACCUGCACCGCGCCGGUCAACAUCGCAGUUAUCAAGUACUGGGGAAAGCGAGAUGAAGCGCUGAUCCUGCCCAUCAACUCCUCCCUGAGCGUCACGCUGCACCAGGACCAGCUAAAAACCACCACAACCGUUGCCAUUAGCAAGGACUUCACAGAGGACCGCAUCUGGCUGAACGGUCGUGAGGAGGACGUGGGGCAGCCAAGGCUCCAGGCCUGCCUGAGAGAGACAAGGCGGAGCUGGGAGCUGCGGGCCCAGACGCCAGAGUCCCAGCUCUGCCUUCUCGGAAAUCUCGUUUCUCAUAAGGUGGGGAGGACGCUCCAGGCAGAGCUGUGUAGCACAUUAACCCUUGCCCCCGCCUCUGUCUCUCCUGCUGUACCUUCAGCCUAUGCCCUGGCCCAGGCCUACGGGGUUGAGGGAGAUCUCUCCGAAGUGGCUCGGCAGGGCUCGGGCAGCGCGUGCCGCAGUCUCUAUGGGGGCUUCGUGGAGUGGCAGAUGGGGGAACAGGCCGAUGGGAAGGACAGCAUCGCCCGGCAGAUAGCCCCAGAGUGGCACUGGCCCCAGCUCCGAGUCCUUAUCCUCGUGGUGAGUGCUGACAAGAAGCAGACGGGCAGUACGGUGGGCAUGCAGACCAGUGUGAAGACCAGCGCCCUGCUCAAGUUCCGGGCUGAGUCUGUUGUGCCUGAGCGCAUGAAGGAGAUGACCCGCUGCAUCCAAGAGCAGGACUUUCAGGGCUUUGCCCAGCUGACCAUGAAGGAUAGCAACCAGUUUCAUGCCACCUGCCUGGACACUUUCCCGCCCAUCUCCUACCUCAAUGACACCUCCAGGCGCAUCAUCCAGCUAGUCCACCGCUUCAACACCCACCACGGGCAGACGAAGGUCGCAUACACAUUUGAUGCUGGCCCCAACGCUGUGAUCUUCACUCUGGAGGACACUGUGGCUGAGUUUGUGGCAGCUGUAAGACACAGCUUUCCCCCUGCAGCCAAUGGAGACAAGUUCCUAAAGGGGCUGCAGGUGGCGCCUGUUCUUCUCUCUGAUGAGCUGAAGGCUGCACUGGCGGUGGAGCCCAGCCCUGGUGGGGUCCAGUACAUCAUUGCCACUCAGGUCGGACCAGGACCUCAAGUCCUAGACAACACUCAUGAUCAUCUGCUAGGCCCAGACGGACUGCCACCACGGGACCUUUGACCUCUUCCAUGUUCAGUGCCACUUGGAGAAAGGGGUUGCUCACUGGAACUUGGGAACUGGCGUGCUGGUCGGCCACACCUGAAGGGUUGCUUCAUGAUUAUACUGAGUGUGAUGAGCAGCCAUCUGGGCGAUCAGGGGGACCCCUUUCAAGUGCCUCCAGUUCCCCGCUGGUUUCUGAAGGGCUAGCUGACCCACUCGAUGGACCUUCCUGCACUCCAGACAGGAGCUCAUUAGGGAUGGGGAGUCAGUGUCUUUCCCACCGAAGAUGCUCUGAGGGCCUCAGUAACCAUCUAAGCGUGAUGGCUCAGACAGCAGUGCCUCUCUGCUGAGACUCAGGCCACAGUUUCUUUAUAAAGCCUCCUGGUGAGGGUAGGGGCUGUCAAGCCCACAGGUAGGGUUCAUUGUGGGUGUGGGUGCCUCGUGAAGGUGCAGUCAGUGAACCUGAGGACCGCAGGAAUAAAGUGUGCUGUUGU